CACGCAGCCGCGGCGGCGCCAUCUUCCCUCCCGAGGCGGCGGCUCCGGUCCGGCUCGGGUCCGGCUCGGUCCGGCGGCGGGAGCGCGGUCCAGCCGGGGCGGCCGCCCGAGCCCGGCGCCGCCGCAGAUGGGCUGAGCGGCCGCCACCAUGUUCAGCUUCGAGGGCGACUUCAAGACGCGGCCCAAGGUCUCCCUGGGCGGGGCCAGCAGGAAGGAAGAAAAGGCUUCUCUCUUACAUCGAACUCAGGAGGAGAGGAGGAAGAGGGAGGAGGAGCGGCGGCGGCUGAAGAACGCAAUCAUCAUCCAGUCCUUCGUGCGCGGGUACCGGGACAGGAAGCAGCAGUUCUCCCUCCAGAGAAGCGCCUUCGACCGGGCGGCCAGCCUGGCGCAGUCCGGAGGGCCCGUGUCCACGGCGCACGCGCCCACCCUGACCCUGCUGGUGCGGCAGCUCCUGUUCUUCUACAAGCAGAGCGAGGACUCCAAGCGCCUGAUCUGGAUGUGCCAGAACCUGAUCCGACACAGCGCCCUGUUCGUGCAGCAGCUGGCCGGGGCGGACGGCCUCACGUGCUCGUACCAGAUCAGGCGGCUCCUGGGCCUCUGCUGCAGGUUGCUGCAGGACAGCGGGGACGACAGCUCGAGCGCCGCGCUGCCCCUGCGCAUGCUGGAGGUCUUCUCCUCCGAGAGCACCUACCUGCCCGCCCUGCAGGACGCCGGCCACGUGCUGCCCGUCAUCGAGCGCGUCGCCCACUCCAUGGUGCAGAGCGGGUACUACAAGGCCCUCUACCUGCUGGUCAACAGCAAGCUGCCCCCGAGCGUCGACUACGCCGACGUGUCCCGCGUGCCCGUGGCGAAGACCUUGCUCGAGAACGUUCUCAAGCCGCUGCACCUCACCUACGACUCGUGCCCACAGGGCGCCAGGCAGCAGGUGCUCGCAGCCUUCACGGACGAGUUUCUGGCGGCACCGUUCACGGAGCAGCUGUUCCACUUCGUCAUCCCCGCGCUGGCGGACGCGCACGCCGGCUUCCCCUACGAGCCCUUCCUGGGCGCGCUCCUGCUCGCCGAGGGCAGCGGCCCCCGCAGGAGCAGCGCCGUGCCCUGGCUCUUCUACUUCGUGCUCACCGUUGGCGAGAACCACUUGGGGAGCCUCUCUGAGGAAGGACUGCUGGUGUACCUGAGAGUGCUCCAGGCCUUUCUCCGCCAGCUGUCGGUCAGCCCUGCCGGCGCCAGCUGCCCGGGCUCUGCCAGCGACUCGGAGGACGAGGCGGAGGAGACGGGGCAGCAGACGAGCACAUCCGAGGACGGCCGGCUCACGGUGCCGUACAUCUCGGAGGAGUGUCUGAAGAAGCUGGACACGAAGCAGCAGACCAACACGCUGCUGAGCCUGGUGUGGCGGGACUCGGCCAGCGAGGAGGCCUUCACGCUCAUGGCCUCCAUCUGCCACACGCUCAUGGCACAGCACCGCAUGGCGGUGCCCAGAGUCAGGCUGCUGUACAGCCUGGCCUUCAACGCCAGGUUCCUGCGGCACCUGUGGUCGCUCAUCUCCUCCAUGACAACACGGAUGAUCACGGGGUCCAUGGUGCCCUUGCUCCAGGUCAUCUCCAGGGGCUCGCCCAUGUCCUUCGAGGACUCCAGCCGAAUCAUCCCCCUCUUCUACCUCUUCAGCUCCUUGUUCAGUCACUCGCUCAUUUCUAUCCACGACAAUGAGUUCUUCGGGGACCCCAUAGAAGUUGCAGGUCAGAGGCAGUCGUCGAUGAUGGCCUUCACGCUGGAGGAGCUGGUCGUGCUGUCGCGGUGCCUUCGGGACGCGUGCCUGGGCAUCAUCAAGCUGGCCCACCCGGAGACGAAGCCCGAGGUGCGAGAGGAGUACAUCCUCGCCUUCCAGAGCAUCGGAGUCACCACCAGCUCCGAGAUGCAGCGGUGCAUCCAGACGGAGCAGAAGCGGUGGAUCCAGCUCUUCAAGGUCAUCACCAACCUGGUGAAGAUGCUCAAGGCCAGAGACACGCGGAGAAACUUCUGUCCCCCGAACCACUGGCUGUCGGAGCAGGAAGACAUCCGAGCAGAUAAGGUCACCCAGCUCUACGUGCCGGCAUCCAGACACGCAUGGCGCUUCCGGCGGAUGGGCCGCAUCGGGCCCCUGCAGUCCACCCUGGACGUGGGCCUGGACUCCCCGCCGCUGUCCGUGUCCGAGGAGCGGCAGCUCGCCGUCCUGACGGAGCUGCCCUUCGUGGUCCCCUUCGAGGAGCGAGUGAAGAUCUUUCAGAGGCUGAUUUACGCGGAUAAGCAAGAGGUUCAAGGAGAUGGUCCGUUUCUGGAUGGGAUCAACGUCACAAUAAGGAGAAAUUAUAUUUAUGAAGAUGCGUAUGACAAGCUCUCCCCAGAAAACGAGCCUGACCUGAAGAAGCGGGUCCGAGUCCACCUGCUCAACGCCCAUGGCCUGGACGAGGCCGGCAUCGACGGCGGCGGCAUCUUCCGCGAGUUCCUGAACGAGCUGCUCAAGUCCGGCUUCAACCCCAACCAGGGCUUCUUCAAGACGACCAACGAGGGGCUGCUCUACCCCAACCCGGCCGCCCACAUGCUGGUGGGGGACUCGUUCGCCCGGCAUUACUACUUCCUGGGCAGGAUGCUUGGAAAGGCCCUGUACGAGAACAUGCUGGUGGAGCUGCCGUUCGCCGGCUUCUUCCUGUCCAAGCUGCUGGGCACGAGCGCCGACGUGGACAUCCACCACCUGGCCUCCCUGGACCCCGAGGUGUACCGGAACCUGCUCUUCCUCAAGAGCUACGAGGGCGACGUGGACGAGCUGGGCUUGAACUUCACCGUGGUGAACAACGAGCUGGGGGAGGCGCAGGUGGUGGAGCUGAAGGCGGGCGGCAAGGACAUCCCGGUCACCAGCGCCAACCGCAUCGCCUACAUCCACCUGGUGGCCGACUACAGGCUCAACCGGCAGAUCCGCCCGCACUGCCUGGCCUUCCGCCAGGGCCUGGCCAAUGUGGUGAACCUGGAGUGGCUGCGCAUGUUCGACCAGCAGGAGAUCCAGGUGCUGAUCUCCGGUGCCCAAGUCCCCAUAAGCCUGGAGGACCUGAAGUCCUUCACCAACUACUCAGGGGGCUACUCUGCGGAGCACCCGGUCAUCCAGGGCUUCUGGAGGGUCGUGGAGAGCUUCACGGAUGGGGAGAAGCGCAAACUACUCAAGUUCGUCACCAGCUGCUCGCGGCCCCCGCUCCUGGGCUUCAAGGAGCUGUACCCCGCCUUCUGCAUCCACAACGGGGGCCCGGACCUGGAGCGGCUGCCCACGGCCAGCACCUGCAUGAACCUGCUGAAGCUGCCCGAGUUCCACGACGAGGCCCUGCUGCGGAGCAAGCUGCUCUACGCCAUCGAGUGCGCGGCCGGCUUCGAGCUGAGCUGAGCCCCGCCCCGCCCGCAACCAAAGAGGGAGCCUGGCGUGCUCCGGCCCCCGGGGGCCAGCUCGUGGGCGCCUGCGCAGGCAGCGGCUCCAGAGGCAGACGCCCGUCCCCUCUCUCCGUCCGGUAGCCGGGAGGGAGGGCGCAGGGGUGCCGCCCGCCCUCGCCUCCUGGACUGCAGGGCAGAGUCCCCACCCAACCGCACUUUACCGGGCUCCCGCAGCGCUCCCUGGACUGGCGAGCAGUGCCCCCUCGAGGGGCAGGGCAGGGCGGGGCCCGGCCCUCCGCGCCCCCGCGCCCCCGCAGCGCUGGCUGGAGCAGACGGCACCGUCCUGUCCAACGCAGGGCUCCGGACGACACUUUGAAGACAAUGACCAUUAUCAGAACGAAAUGUAUAAUUUCUUAACUUGAAUAAUAAAUUCCGUGUUCAGUGCUCUUUGUAGAUACCAGAAAUAAAACAGUCGGCGUGUC